GGCUACCGGUUAGUAAUGAAACGACGACAUUUUGUGCGGGGAGGAAGGGAAGGAAGCGGCGGACGGUUGUAAGGGGAUAGGAGGAGAAGGAAGAUGAAAACUAGCGCGGCGGCAUUGGAAAAUUUCUACCGAUGUUUGCAAAAUGCUUUGGGACGGACGAGACUCUUGUGUUUCUGAGGCGGUGAAUGGGGAAUAGUUUUCCUCUCCCGCACAGCGACGCCGCUCCCCCGGCGGUUUCUGGGCCGGCGGAACCUUCUCCACUGGCGACUGCGUUAUGGGCAGCAGCUGCUGCUUCUCCACUGGCGAUAUGGUUGUGGGUCGGGGGUUCCUGGGUUGUGGACGGCAACUGCGUUGUGGGCGGCUGCUGCGUUCCUCUAGGUGGCAACUGCUGCUUCAUCUCUAGAAUUUCUAUUUGAAGUUUUAGGGUUUGUUAGGCUCAAAAUGUGAUGAGGGUUUUGGUUUUAUUUAUAUGGGCUGAAGUAAUGGUUGUGACAAAAUGGCUCCCAUUUAUUUCUUUUCAUGGGUUUCGGCCCAAAACCUAUGACAAAAUGACUCCCAAUAUCCAUUAUCAACAUAUACGUUCAAAACCGGUUUAAACCGUCGAACCCCGAUCCAACCAUUAAACCCUAAACCCUUAGCUAAACCGGCUUGACGACUUAAUCCGGUUUGACAACCUUGCUGUGAACCCUAGCCAAGCCAAGUAGCUUGGCUCUUUGAAUAACAACACUCAACACUCCUACUUCCCAAGAUUCAAAUCACCCAGUACACACUCAUACACUGUGAUUCAAUCUACUGAAGUAGCUGCAUCAAUGGACCCAAAUUAGAAGAGUUUAACAUCAAACACUCUCGCUACAGACUGCCAAGUUUGAAUUGGAGCUGGAUGCUUACAAUUUAUAGGGCAAGAUAGUGGAUGGUCAGCAUGUGACCAUUUCCUAAUAAGAGAUCCACAUAGCCUUCAUCAUUUGCCAAGAUAGAGACGGUGCUAGGUGGAGCAAGCUCGAGAAGGCUGCAGUUUCUUGUGAGAGAGGACGAUCGAGAAGAGAGAUCAUCAUUCGAGGAGUUCUCUCUCAGCAGUUGUGGUAAACUUCGAAGGACGAUACAUCGAAAUAUCAUCGUUGCAAGUUGCUUCUGCAGUUGGUUGGAACGACACCGUUUUCUAUUGGAACGACACCGUUUUCUAUCACUAAGCGCUCCAUUUCAGUGCAACAGGUGGCUUAAUCGGUGGUUGGAUAUGGUAAUUCAGUGCAUAGGUGAUUCAACAACAACAACAAAAAGUCGUAAUUCAGUGAUGAACAAAGAAAUAUGUAACAAGUUAAUUAACUUGUACCAUAAUUAACAUGUGACUUUUCACAAUAGUUGAUUUAUAGACUCCCAAAUUUCGAAGACUAAGAUUUCGUAGGUCUUUUCCGUGGGAUGAACACCAUCCCAGAAAAUAUACUCGGAAGUAUCGCUGCAAGUCGAGGGGCACGAUUGGUUGCAAAGAAUUGCGGUUUCUGUGUCUGUACAACAACAACUUUCCUUUAUUACAUCGAACCCUGCAACACAAGCACAACUAAACUCAUGAUUUCAACAAGACGUAAGUGUCACCUAAUGGGUUGGUUUUUCGCAUAAUGAGUUUCUGUUUGUUUCUUAUAAAACGUACUUUUCAUUAUUUUCAAAAAUCGGACUUAAUAGGUGUCAGUGUGGCUUUAGCUUCCAAAGAAAACAAAAAGUUAUAAAAAUCGGACCAAACAUAUACUAGUUAGAUUCGCCAAGUUAGAUAAUAUCAACUUACCAUAUCUUUGGGGGUCCUGUAUAAUACCAAGCAAAGGACCAUACAGAUCCACAAACACUAUCUUCAAGCCAGGAAGAUGGUCGUUGAGAUACUCAAUUUCAGAUAUAAGCUUCCCAUUGUAUAACCUUGCAAGCUCAUUGAAAUCCUCAGCACAUUCCCUUUCCACUCCUCCUCCUACGGUUCUUCCUUGUGGCACACACCCGGGCACUAAUGUGCUGAACACACCGAUUUUACGAGCCCCCAACUUGUACAGUUCGACCAGAAAUUCUGAAGCUUGGAUCGCAAGAAACGUGGCAUAUGAAGUCAUGUCGUACUCGAGGUGCCUAUUGGUGAGGAAAUAAGUAGAUCCUAUGUCGUUGUUUCCCGAUGAAAGUAAGUAGAGGCUUCGAUUGACAAUGUCUUUUGCUCUCUGUUCCCCUGCGUUAGCUAUUAACUUGUCCUUAUAUUCUUGAAAGAGUAUGAGUUGGUUUGGAAUUGAUAGUGCCAUCUGCAUUAGUAAGAAAAAAAAUGAAAUCUUGAGAUGUGU